CGACGAUUUUCAAUGGAAGAAAGAAAAAGGAAAAAGUUAAAUUUAGUCUAAUAAAGCGUUCAAAGUGGUGUUAGUUCACGCUUAACUGAGUGGCAGACGUUGUGAAUCUAUUUACCAAACAGCUAGGAGAAGAGCAAAACUUUCAAGAUGUCGCCAACAACUUUCUGCUACUGCUGCAGUCAAGUCAAAGAAGCAAUAAUGCUCGAAUGUACAAAGUGCAAGAAGUUAUUUCAUCUUGGUUGCCUGCAGACAGGUAAACCCAGUAGCCUGGAAGGGGAUGCAUUCUUCGAGUUCUUGUGCUCAGUCUGCAGUCCCACAGGUGGAGAGGAAAUCAAGAGGAUGAAACUGUCGUGGUUACAGGUUGUUAGUUUAGCCCUGUAUAACCUGCAUCUGGGUGGAUCAGGAAAGAGGGGUUACUUCCGUUGGAAGGAGCACAUCUGCGCCUUCAUUGACAAACAUUGGACAGCUCUCUUUGGGAUGACAAGGAAAAAAACGACCACAUGGCAUGGUACCGUAGCAGGUACCUUAUCAUCCGGUUGUCCACAGUACUUCCGCUCCGGUGCACAGGAGCUGAAAGAAUCCGGUUGGUGGAGUGCUGCGGAGGUAAAGCCCCCUCCGAUCGAGACAGAAAUCAAACCGAAAUCGACACGGCCAGUCAGAACGCCCAAGCUUGUUGAAUCGCCCACGCCAAAAGUUGAGGGUCUGCGGACUCGAAGGAACAAGACAUCGAUACAAGCGGCAAUUGAAAUAAAAGCCAAUCGCUCGACUACGAUGGAAGCAAAAGAUAUCAGGAAGAAGAAAGCCGCUGAAGCUGCAGGAUCUUCCCCACCAGCGGAGCCACUGCUCCCCAUGGUCUUCCCCCAGAAUACUCCUACAUGUAUCAAGACGGAACCAAAGUCACCAGUAUUGAGCAGUCCAGACACUGCGGAGCCACCUCAAGUGGAUUCAUCUGUAAAAUCAGAGGGAGAUAGCUAUGAUUUUGAUUUCAUAGGCCCUGUGAAAAAGGAAGUGAUGUUUUCGGAGCAGGAUCUCAUUCCAACAGAGCGUGUCCCCAUGUUGCUGCUGGCAGGGGACAAGGACAUGGAGAGCGACAGUGAUAUUGAAGUUGACCCCUGUUCCAUCACGCCCACGGCCUCACCCAUUAACAUGUCGAGCAACCCUGAUAUCGAUGACAUCUUGGCAAGCCUUGGUGAUCACUCUCGGCCUUAUAAUCACGAAAACAUCUCACCAGCGAACAUUUCAGACAUCGCUCCAUCAGCUGUCAACGAGGAUAGCCAUUUCCCAACAGAAUUCGAUAGCAUUAUGAGCGACGAUCAGUCACCGUCAGUUGCGGACCUCUCCGAUGCUGAGGGCGAAAGAAGUGAUGUCAGUCGGAAGAGAAAAUAUGACGAGGAAGAGAAUGAUAAGACUUUGGAGAAGUUUAAACCUGAAUGUGUUCCAUUGAGUCUUUAUGAAGAGAAACAGCUGUUGAAAAAGCUGAACUCCAUCGGCGAUGUUGUCUUCUCCAGACCUGAACUCAAUCGGCUGAGGAGGAAACUCAUGGUGAGACAGAUAAAACGAGAGAGAGGACUUCCGCUGUUUGACCUUGAUGCCCAUGUACAACACAUCAUUGGAUUGGAUGAGAAGAAAGCGAAAGCUAAUAUGAUGCAGGAUGCCAUAAACCGCUGGAACGUCUAUAACGUCCCGUCAACGCAGCCAGCCACAGACAUCCGUGUCCUUGAUCGAUUCCAGUGUGCCCUACCGACCAUCCGGACAGCUUCAUCACAGAAGGUCACCUUUCAUAACAGACUGGUUGGCUUCAAUGAUGACCAGUUACAAAGUAUAUGCAGUCCCUACACAGCAAGAAUGCUCAAACCGUUUAUUCGGAGAGACUACGAAAGUAGGCCUCUGAAGAUGAGACUUUUGGAAGAGAUUAGAACAUAUCCUCAUCGGAAUGACCCGCACUGGAAACCACCGCCCAUGCCUCCAAUAGACUACUGCUACGUGAGACCAGAACACAUUCCAUCCGUGAAUGUACUCUGCAGGGAGUUCUUUUGGCCGGGUAUAGAAUUAUCAGAGUGUCUACAAUAUCCUGAUUUCAGUUGUGUGGUGCUCUACAGAAAAGUGGUGAUCGGCUUUGCCUUCAUGGUGCCGGACGUUAAAUAUAAUGAGGCGUACAUCUCAUUUCUCUUUACUCAUCCCGAGUGGAGGUUUGCCGGGAUAGCCAAGUUUAUGGUCUACCAUCUUAUUCAGACUUGCAUGGGGAAGGAUGUGACACUCCACGUGUCUGCGACAAACCCAGCCAUGAUGCUGUAUCAAAAGUUUGGCUUCAAACCGGAGGAGUUUAUUUUGGACUUUUAUGAAAAAUAUUACCCUUACGAUGCAAAGGAUUGCCGACAUGCAUUAUUCUUACGUCUUCGCCGGUAGUCUUGCGGGAAAGAAGGCGUGAGGGAUUUUGAGGACAAGUACUUCGCUUUGGUCAUUUUUGUAUCAAGUGUAGUACAAAAAUAUACCGUAGAGCUAUUUAUUUUCAUUAAAUAGGUACAGCCCAGUGAAAUGAAAUUUUUACUACUGUAUAAAGAAUGUGUUAAAAAAUAAAGGUAU